UGCGUGUGUGUGUGUGUGUGUGUGUUUGUGUGUGUGUGUGUUUGUGUGUGUGUGUUUGUGUGUGAUUGCCAGGGAUUGUGCGUCUCUCGCCGCAGCCUGGCUCAAGUGUAUUUCGGAGGCGUGGCUGGGCCGUGCGCGGGACGACUUCAGCGACGGCGCCUGGCGGCAGCCCUGGCGGUGGCGUGCCGCGCGCGUGCCGCGCGCCCCCCUCCCUGCUCGGGGAACACGUCAACUGACGGCGUCACCGAUCUUGGCCGGGCCCAUCCUGGGCCCACGACCAGUUCACACGUCCCGAUCCUCCAGGAUGGGCCCGCCCUGAAUCGUUGAGGUGAUGAUCUGACGCCCCCCGACCUGUGCAACCUCCGCGGCGGCUCUGGCGGCGAAUGGCUGGUGAGGGCGACGCGUCCGCGGGGGGCGCCAGGCUGGAGGCGGAGUACGGGCAGUUCUUCUCGAUCGUGCGUGCCUACUGUGCGUGUGAUGCCCGCCGACGAGCUAUCCGCUCCUCUUGCCUCCGCCGAUCUUCCUGUCCAACCUGCGGCCGCCGCGCUCCGCCUGCUCCGCCAAGGCGGGGGGCCCGGCUGGUCUGGAGGUCUGCGCGGUCGGCGCCAGGCCCGCCGGGGAGAGCGGCCUGAGCGCGGGGGAGCGCGGUGGGCCGUGCGGCCCGCGGAGCUGCGCUGGUGGCGUCGCCCUCCCCGCCCUCCCGGCGGCCAGGCCGGCGACGCAGCGGCUGAAGAAGCCCUUCUUCCGGGACUGGGGUGAUUUCAUGCGGUGCGACGCGGGCGAGAAGCACAGUACGCCGAUUACCUUUGGCGAGUUCGAGCUGCUGCUGGAGAAGGAGCGAGAGCCGUGCGAGGGCUGGGACCAGCCGCACGUGCCGUGCCCAUCGGCCGCCAAGGAGAUCAGAGUGGCCAAGCGGUCGAACGGUCCCGGCCUGAUCACCCUACGGGCGUGGGCGACUGUGCCGGGGGUCGACAUCAACGUGGCUUUCACCCUCUUCUACGGCAAGGAGCGUAUGAAGUGGGACAAGGUUUUCGCCCAGAUGGAGGUUCUCAGAGACGACAUCCAGGGCUCGGAGCUUCUCUACAGCGUCCUGUCGCCGCCAGUCUAUGGCGUGCAGGCCCGCGACUUCCUGCAGUUCCGCCGGGUGCGCCAGCAGGAGGAUGGCUCUGUCCUCAUUGUGCUUCGUUCGGCGGAGCACCCCGAUCGCCCUGAGGACAGAAGGUACAUCCGCGCGGAGUCGUACUUUUCUGGCUACGUGCUCCGACAAGAAGUCGACAGCUCGGGACUGGUCCUCAAGAUUUUCCUCAUGAGCUGCGUAGACAUCAAGGGCUCCAUCCCGAAGUGGGUCGUCAACUCUCUCGCCCCGAGGAAGCCUUCCGAGUGGAUCGACAGCCUCGCCAAGGCCGUUCACGGGCGGCGGGCGGGCGGGCCGCUGCAAGACAUGCGCCGCUUCGCGGAGCACCACGCCUUCGACUACGAGGCGUGCGACGCCGGCUCCGACGAGGGCGCACCCCCUGCCGUGGGGCCCCCGAGCACUGCGCCCGCGGUGCCCCUGGAUCCUGUGGUGCCCGUGGCGCUCCCCGCUGCACCCCUGGAGGAGCCCGCCAUGCUCAAGGGGCCCGUCGCGUUCAAGGGCACCGCCGCAACCGCGGCGCUGGCGGUGCAGCGCGCCGCCGCGGCCAAGAGGGAGCCGGCGGGCAGAUCCCAGCAGGAGCGCCGAGGCGUCCAGUUCGUGCCCGGUUCGGGCGGGACGCCCCGGGAGCUGGCCGCGCCCGACGCGCCCGGGCGGCACCCGGGCGCGCCUUGGGCGGCGCCCGCGGCGGCACCUGCCGCGCUGCAGCUCGGCCCGUCGUCGCCCGAGCGCCCCGAGGGCGUCCUCGGCAAGGAAGAGAGGACGCCCUCGCAGAGCUCGAGGGCGCCCCCGCAGAGCUCGAGGUCUGCGGGGCCUGCGUCUCCGACCCGGAGCGGCCUGAGCGUCUUCCGGGUGCACGUGCCGCCGAGGUAUCCGGGCGUGCAUUACCGCGCGUCCAUGGACCGCGAGGACCGGUCCCAACACCAUGCUGUCGACGGCGAGACCGUGGCAGGGAGGUUGUCGCCCGACGGCGAGUGGCUGAGGGUCGUCCAGAGGAUGUCGCGCGACGGCGAGUGGCUGGUGGUCGAAGAGGCCGAGCUCUACCUGCCGAUGCGCGCAGGCGCUGGCGCUGGCACCAUCCAGGUCCUCAGGCCCGUCGGCCAGCCGCCGUUGGUGGGGGCGCGGAGUGCGCCGCUCCUUCAGGCGCAGACGUCCUUCGUGGUGCGGGUGCCCCGGGGCUACCCGGGCAUCCAGUACCGGAGGUCCAAGGACCUGCAGGACAGGCACCAUCUGUUCGCGGCGCGGGGCGAGGAGGUCUGCGGCCACGUCGAGGACAGCGGGCUGUGGCUCCGGGUCGACAGGGGCGGCGAGACGCUCUUCCUGCCAAUCAGCCUCGCCGGCACCAGCGUGCUGGUGCUGCCCGCGGGCGCGGCGCGCGACGACGCCGGAAUCGAAGAAGGCACGCCGCCUCAGGCCCCGCGGCGCUCGCGGGGGGACGCUGCCGCCGACGGCGGCGGCGCGCAGGGCGGCUCGCCGGGGAGCUUUUUCGCAGCCUGCAGCUGCGGCAGCCCCCCAGCCGUCGGCGCCGAGGUCGUCCAGGGCGGGUGAGCGCCCCCCUCCUGGUCAGGCGUGCAGCUGCAACGAUGGGUCUCACGAGGGCGAGGACCGAGAGCUGGG